AGGUAGGACCCGCAGCAUCUCUUUGUGGUGUACUAUCGUCGUUGGUUGCACUCCUCUUAUGGAUGCACUGGAAGCAUGUGCAAAAGCCAUACAUGUCAUUAUUUAAGAUGUUGCUUUUGACAACAGUUCUUUUCGGAAUUGGUACACUGCCGUAUCAACUAAAUUUUGCUGGACUUCUGGUUGGGUUUGCAUGUGGUACAUUUUUAACAAUAGCGCUGGUACCAUUUGCGUCUUUCACCAAAUACGGACGCAGAAAAAAGAUAAAUCUUAUUUGGGCAUGCCUGCUGUUUCAUUUCUUUUUGUAUUUGUCGCUAGUGACAACUUUUUACAUUUACCCCAGCGAAUUUAACACGUUUAACUUUGUGGAUGAUAUCUUCGAUAGUAAUAAUGGCAACAAAUACAUUAAUCCCACAAACAGUAAUAUGGGUCAGCACCAUGGCGAGCACAUCUAUGCAGACACUGACGCGCGACGUCCAAAGGAUGUUGAUCUCUGGCAAGAGGGGCUUUAUCAUUCAUUUCGCUAUAUUUCCAACUAUAGCGAUCGCAUUUAUAACAAAAUUCAACCGAAUCUACUGUCGGAGACAAAUCUAUUAAGCCACAAGACACAAGACUCACUAGUCCCAUCUUCGAACCGAAAGAAAAGCAAUUCUCGAAGUACAAAGGAGGCGUUAGAGCUUAAUACCAAUACCAAAAAUUACUUCAUGAAAUAUUAA